AUGGAUGAAACAACGGAAAUUUUUCAAGACACCUUGGAUGAAGAAAAACAUUUUGUUCAACAGCUAGCAAGAGUAUAUGACGAUGCAACUAACAAACACUGGGACAAUGAAGUGAUAAUCAUAAUCAAAAACUACGUAACCCUCUAUAAAAAAACCAAGGAAGAAACACUUCAGUUACUUUUGAAUUUAUUCCCGUCGACUCCUACCAAAAAAGAUGCAAUUCAUGCUAGCCUGAUUGGAUUCUGGUAUCAAUAUAUAAUCGUAACUCAAGAUAACGCGUUUAAAUACUACAAGAUUGCCGCGGAUCUCGGGGAUGGCUUUGGAAUCACGCAAUUGACAAUAAAGCAAGUUUACUGGUUUCAGAAGGCAGCGGAAAAGCAGUUCAAUCCUGCUGUUGAUGAACUUGCUCGUUUAUAUAUUAAAAGUCGCUAUGUUAAUGGAGAUUUACAUCACGCUUUGAAACUGAUAUUGUUGAAUAAACGUAAUAGUGUGGAUACCUGGAGGCCACCAUUUGUAUUGUAUCAAAUAUUUUCAUAUUUCUGA